AGCUGCGCGUUUGUUGGGCGUUGAGACACCAGAGGGACAGGAGGAGGGGGGGAAGCAGUGUGUGUGUGUGUGUAUGUGUUGUUGUGCUGAUGCCGAUGGCUUUCUUUCUUCUUUCCCACCUUCCUGACAAGUCGCCCGUUCUCCCCACCGGAGCUGCAGGUGUAGCGUCCUCCCAGCAGCCUACCUAUCCUAUUUUUCCAUGCACCGCGCCUCAGACUCUUUUCUGAAGUCACCAGCGGUGGAUUUUACGCACCGGAGUGGGGCGAGCAGCAUCAUGCCCAGUGAUAUUUGGUGCGUCUCUUUUGUGCGCCGUCUAUUAUUCCCGUUGUGAGUGUUAUGCCGGGUCCGCAGCCAGCACCGAUGACUUGAGACGGGCGGAGGACGUGGCCGCAACUAGAGCACUUGUUUUCUAAAGAGAAGAAUCAUUGGUAACCAUGGCAGACCAGUACAGUAUGUUUCUCACCACGGCGCCCCCUCUACGCCGAGGGAGCACGCCGCUGCCCAUCAAACAUCAGCUGAGGCGGGAGGAGGCCGUGUCCGAGGACUGCGAUUGGAUCCCGGGCCUCGAUGAGCCCGCCACGCUGCCUAUCAGUGAUACGUCGGUGCCCCGGGAUGAGUCGUUCAGCCAAUCGGCGGCCGCCCAGUCAGGUUACCACAGCCAUGGCGGGGCGCUGAGGAUAGUGCUGCUGGGUCAGAACGGCGUGGGCAAGUCGUCGCUGGCCCUGUCGCUGGCGGGCCAGACGGACAGAUCCCUGUCGAUAGACUCUGAGACACAAGCCUGCGGUGAAGGCUACGAGUGCACGGUGACCGUUGACGAUGAGGACAGCAAAAUCGUCGUUUACGACAACUGGAAACAGGACCUGUCCACGCUGCAGUGCGACGUGUGCAUCCUGGUCUUCUCAGUGACGGACAGGCGGAGCUUCCACCGCACCGCCCAGCUCCGCCUCCUCCUCAGGGAGUCCCAGCCUCACACACCAAUCAUCCUGGUGGGCAACAAGAGCGACCUUGUCCGCUCCCGGGAAAUCAGCACAGAGGAGGCCCACUCCAGUGCAAUGAUGUUCGACUGCCUCUACAUGGAGCUGUCGGCCUCCCUGGACCACGGCACCAACGAGCUGCUGGAGGCGGCGGUCCGGACGGCCAGGGGCGACUGCGUGGGCCCCGGCUGGACCGACGGCGACCCCGGGGCCGGGCGCAGGGAGAGCCUGACCAGCCGGGCCAAGCGCUUCCUGUCAGGGCUGGUGCCGCGCUCGUACGGCCGCGACCGCGACCGCGAGAGGGGCCGCUACCGCGAGAUGAGCCGGCACCGGGGCAGCAAGAUCCUCCGCCAGAAGUCCCGCUCCUGCCAUGACCUCAGCGCACUGUGACACACAAACAGAUGCACACACACACACACACACACUCACACACAGAUGCAUACACAACACACACACACAUAAACAUGCACAUGACAUGCACACAGGCCAGAUGGAAACCUUAAGGGGGGAGGCGCAAAAGAAGGAGAAGGUGAAAUGGAGGGCAGCAGGGAAGAGAGGUGAAUAAGUGGAGCGGCAUGGAGGAGAGAUGCAAUGAGUGAGAGAACUGAGGGGGGUGGAAGGAGACAGAUUAAUCAGUGGGGAUCAUGAAGAGAGGAGCGAGAGCAAAAUUAGAGGUCAGCGGCGGUGACACGAGGUGAACAGAGGGGGGUUACGGAGGAAGAGAUGGAUAGGAUGGAGGAGCACGCCGAGCUUUUCUGUUCCGCCCCGAGACGGAGACAGAGAGACAUGAAAGAGGAGCAGCGACGGCGAUAAGGAGCCUAAUUCGCCACAGCGGCUCGGGUGAAUCAGCGAGCACUUGUUACCUGAUGAGAGCGGGAGACAGAAAUUUGGAGGGAGACCAGGGAGUCUCAUCAACACGCUGAUUGGACGGUCGUUGUGGUGAAACGGGGGAUAAACAACGUCACAGUCGAACACACACCCGAGUGACAUGCACCGAUUAUGUAGAGACUGAUAGCAAUUUAAUGUACCUAACGACCUAUUGUAGAUCCUGUUUUAUAGCAUGCUGUUUCACCGUGAGUAGGAGGUCUGAGAUAAGACACGACCCUGUAGGUUUUCCUGGAUUUACUGUACCUCAGUGGCAAAUAGCUAAUGCACAAUCCAGCUAGCGUCUCUAUUGAUGCCGUCUCAAAGGCAAAGACCCUUUACUAACAAAAAUGCCCCGUCCAUGCUUUUUUUUUUUUGUACCACAAUGAUCACGCUCCGGUUUCCAGACACCGCAUCAGCUCUCUGUAUUCAUGUACUGAUACGAUCGGAAAAUAAAGGCGAGACCGGCGAUGCUGGCAGAGGCCUAUCUGCGAUUUUUAUACAAGGCUGGAGAUCAUCAGUGCCCAAGCCAUAUUCUGCUGAAUCCAUCACGAGCAAUCAGCACAAUGAACCCUUUACAGUGGGAUCUGGAGCAAGGCAGAAAAAGGUCAGAAUGGCUAUAAAGAAACAGACGUGAGGCAGGAGCGACCAGACUACACGUCCUUCGACGGAGGCUGAGUCAUCCGACACUGGACUGCCACCGGGGCUUGGACGGGAGGAGGAAAAACUAAUCUACCUGUGGCUGUUUUCACAUUCUCGUUUUUGCUGUGUUUUGUUGCCCAUUGGCGUUCUCAUGUGUGUUUGAGACGGUAUCCUGCGAUACAGUUGCACUUCUGUGGGGGCUGGCCACACAGGGGAUAUAUGACCCAAAUAAAAUAAAAAAAAAAAGAAACAACAACACAACAUAAGAACGUUCUGGAAACGUUUGGAUGUCUUGUCAGCGUGGCGGCAUCAUCGACUCAGUCUCACUUGUUUGUCACAGUCUACUAAGCACUCUUGUCUUUCCAAGGAGAAUAAAUUAAUUUUGUUUGACGUCCUUAA